AUGGACUCGGACGACGCCGACCAUGGAAUCCAGACAGAGGACCAGUUCUGGGACGCGCUCGACGAGACAAUCUCUCAAGAAUGUGCCACCCAUAGUCACAUCGAUGACGCCCUGCGAUCCUACCUAGGCCUUGUUGCUGGUUCAAAAGAGCAGUUCGAUGACGCUGAGCAAGUCCUUCCUCGAUGCGCAUAUAAACUGGCAUAUUCCCCUCUCUUCGUACGGCAUUCCGACUACAUCCGUCGCCAGUUCAUUCAUAGCCUUCUUCAGGAAGAUGAUGCAGAUAUCCUACUCAUUACGUCGUCCUUCCUCCUCACCGAUGCGCAGCAUACAGAAAUUACAUUCGAGAUAUUAAAAAACGAGGGCGCGUUUCCUCGAUUAGUUGAUCUUAUCGCAAGUCCGCACUUGAACGAUGAAGAGGCUCUCCAUCGUCUGCUCAUGCAGCUGUUCUAUGAGAUGUCCAGAAUUCAGAGGAUAUCCAACGACGACCUUGCAUGUGUGACGGAUGAGUUCGUGCAGUGUUUGUUCGAUCUCAUUGAGCACGUCGCGGGCAAUGUCAACGAUCCCUACCAUUAUCCGGUCAUCCGUGUCCUACUCGUCCUCAACGAGCAAUUCAUGGUCGCUGCGCACGAUCCUGAAGCCAUCCAACGGCCAAUACCUCUAACGAAUAAAGUGGUCAAGGUUCUGUCGGCUCAAGGCAGCCGCUACAAGACGUUUGGCGAGAACAUCAUAUUACUCUUGAAUCGUGAAGAUGAGACGUCGCUCCAGCUGCUCACCUUGAAACUACUGUAUCUGCUCUUCACGACACCUCAAACGUACGAGUAUUUCUACACCAACGAUUUGCGCGUGUUAGUCGACAUUUUGAUACGAAAUCUUCUGGACCUGCCGGAAGAAGCGACAUCGCUGCGACACACCUACCUACGGGUCCUUUAUCCCUUGUUGGAACAUACACAACUACAACAUCCCCCGCACUACAAACGAGAGGAGGUAUUGAAGCUCCUAACCGUCCUUGGUGGGGGACAAGUUAUCGACCAGGACGCGCACCAGGACUCUCAUAACAAUUGGUCACAUUUCGAGGACAUUGACCAAACAACCAAACGACUGGUAAAGCGCUGCAUAGGCGUCAGCUGGCUCACCGAUGCCGAUGCCGAUGCAGGGCCUGAACAAACUGGCAGUCCUGUCGAUGACGAGGCUUCUGGCCCAUCUUCACCAGUCUCUCCAUCUAAACCUCAGCCACCAGCUCUUCCAGCUCCGAGGAAGUUGAAGAAGCGGGACUCGUCUAAAGGCUCGACGUUGACUAUAGGACAGUUUCUCGCGCCACAGCUGGAAUCUGCACGCCAGUCGAGUCUAAGUAUGGUGGAAAUGGCCGCACAGAAAGAGAAGCCUGGAGUGAUAACGCCGAGUAGAAACGCUAGUGUGAAGCAAAGCAUGCGUGCUUCGACCAUGCAGUCUCAUGCUCGAGAGAAACACGACACAAGUGAGAAGCCGGUCAGACCUCCGGUGCCUAAAGCGAGACGAUCUGGCUGGGCGCGGGCCAAAGCAGAGAAGGCGGCCACUGAGCCUGAGACUCUGGGGCAGGGCACGGUUGCAGAAUCGCGUUCGGCCAGCAGUCCCGACAAACAGACUGGUGAGGAAUCUGGCGACGUAGUAGCCGCAGUUGGUGAUGAGAGCAAGUCCACGCUCACGGGGAGCCCAGACGAAAGCACUGCUCCGCCGCUCCCAACGGCUACUAAACCACAGAAGAAGCCCCCUCCGGCACCAAAGACGCGUAGAUGGCAGUUCAAGCGAGGAAAAGAAGUCGAACCGGAAAGGUCACGCGAGCCUGGCAAGUUUGACUCGAAGCUACCAUCGAUCAAAACAACAGGGCAAGCUCCCGUAGAGCAAUCACCUUUCUCGCCAGUCGAGGAGAAGACACUGUUGCCGACAGACGGAGCGGAUGACGAAGGUGGGUCGGAGCCUCAACGAUCGGUCAGUCAGGCUUUAGAAGCAGUACAAGCAGAAGCCAUAGAGGGCAUUGAUAAGACGUUGGAGCAGACGACUCUCGUUGAGACACCAGAGACGUCACCCACCGUGGUCAAGGUUGGAGGAAAUCAACCACAGAUCGAGGUGACGCCUCCAGCGCGAGCUGUAUUAGCACCUCCGGGUCCGGCGCCUCCACGAUCAGUGCCAGGUCCGCAGGUUGAGAUGGAGCAGAGUCCAUUUCUGAGCGAGGCAGAGAUAGAGAAGCACGAGAGCAGUGACAGUGAGGAUGAGUGGAAUAAAUGA